AUGAACACCCAAUACAAUGUUGAAGUGAAGGAAUUAGAGGAAGCAGAUGCAUGGAAGCUAUUUGGAAUGAGCGUAGGUGGUGAUCGACUGGACUCCUCAGAGCUGCAUGAGGUGGCUAGGGAAGUUGUUAAAGAAUGUGGGGGUUUGUCGGUGGCACUUGUUACGGUUGGAAAGGCACUACGAAAUAAGGAUCGGACCGUAUGGGUUGAUGCACUCACCCAACUGAGGAUGUCAAUCCCAUCGAGAAUUCCAGGUAUUCAAAAACAAGUAUUCUCCAUAAAAUUGAGUUAUGAUUAUCUUGAAAGCGAGGAAACACGGCAUUGCUUCUUGCUUUGUUGUUUAUUUCCAGAAGACUUUCUUAUUUCUAAGGAUGAUUUGCUUCCUUAUGUGUGGGCUGAGGGUAUAUUUGAAGCAAUUGAAAACAUGAAUGAAGCCAGAAAUAGGUUGCAUACGGUGUUGGACACACUUAAGCGGUCAAGCUUGUUGUUAAAUGUUGAUGAUGAUAGUAGAUUCGAAUGUGUUAGAAUGCAUGAUAUCGUUCGAGAUGUGGCCAUUUGGAUUGCAUCACAUGAAGACCAACAUGGCUUUGUUGUAAAAGUUGGAAGUGGACUGAAGGAGUGGCCAAAUAUAUUGAACUUAAGAAAUUGCAAGCGACUCUCGCUAAUGCAAAAUGAAAUCAAUAAGCUCCCCGAAGAGAUGGGUUGCUCCCAACUCAGGACCAUAUCAUUACGAGAUAAUCGAUCUCUGAGGGAAAUCCCUGAUGGAUGUUUUAAGGGUAUGAAAUCACUUAAAGUUCUAGAUCUCCGAAAUACAAAUAUUGUUUCAAUACCAUCAUCAUUCUCAUGGUUAACGGAGCAGCUUCGAGUGUUACAUCUAAAUGUGGUCAAGUCUUCUUUAAAUUUGUCAUUGGUUUGGAGUAUGAAGAAACUUGAAAUACUCGACCUAAGUGGCUCCAACAUAAAGAUUUUGCCACAAGAAAUAGGGGGAUUGACAAAUCUAAAGUCCUUGGAUUUGUCAAGAAACUCUAGGUUGAUUAUUCCCCCAAAAGUCUUGUCCAGGUUAUCUUGCUUAGAAGAACUCCACGUAUUGGAAAGCUUUGAUGAGUGGGAGGUCGAUGAAGGAUAA